AUGACCGACGGUUCACCUCCCGAGACAACUGGAAACAUUGCCAGCAACUCCCGUCCCGAUGGGAAGGCCGCUGCGCAUCCCUAUGCACACCUUUUGGAAACGCUCAGUGGUUUCGAAGAGAAGAUAUAUAAUAUACAGAAACUUGGAAAAGACGAAGUCUGCCGUCUUCCGUACUGCAUUCGUGUGCUGCUGGAGUCUGCUGUCCGGAACUGCGACGGCUUCCUCGUGACCGAAGCCGACGUCGAAGGCAUCUUGAAGUGGGGGUCAUCAUUCAACGCUAAGGAAGACACAGUCCAGGUAGAUGUUCCAUUCAUACCUGCUAGAGUAAUUCUGCAAGACUUCACGGGUGUUCCAUGCGUUGUCGACCUCGCCGCGAUGCGUGACGCCAUGAAGGAGUUAGGAUGUGACCCUCUAAAGAUCAAUCCGCGGGUUCCCGUAGACCUCAUAGUUGAUCAUUCCGUCCAAGUGGACAAAGCCAGAAGCCAAAACGCAAUGGCUUAUAACGAGGCAAUGGAGAUGCAUCGCAACGGCGAGCGCUUCUCUUUCUUGAAGUGGGCAGCAAACACUUUUUCGCAGAUGCUCAUUGUGCCGCCAGGCUCCGGGAUAGUUCAUCAGGUGAAUCUGGAGUACUUGGCUAGGGUUGUAGUGACGAGGGAUGGACUUUGCUUUCCGGAUUCGCUCGUGGGAACUGAUUCGCAUACAACCAUGGUCGACGGACUAGGCAUUGUGGGAUGGGGAGUUGGUGGAAUUGAAGCUGAGGCGACUAUGUUAGGCCAGCCUGUUUCCAUGACACUUCCGCCAGUCUUGGGUGUGCGCCUUGUCGGUCAUUUGAGCUCCGCUUGCACAACAACGGACUUAGUGCUUCAUGUUGUCCGCAUAUUACGUACGCGUGGCGUUGUUGACCAUUUCGUGGAAUUCUUUGGGGAGAGUUGCUCCACGCUUUCGGUUCCCGACCGGGCCACCAUUGCAAACAUGAGCCCAGAGUUUGGUGCUACCAUUGGCUACUUUCCCCCUGAUGAAGUAACCCUUAAGUACCUGCUGUCUACUGGUCGAAGCUCCAGGGAAGUGGAAAAGAUAAAGGCUUACCUUUUGCAGCAAGGGAUGUUUAGGACAUACACAGGCUCCGAAACGGAGGUAUCCUACACAGAUGUAGUGGAAAUUGACUUGUCUAAGAUUGAACCGUGCGUUGCGGGUCCCAAGCGCCCUCAGGACGAAGUUCUUCUUCGCAACCUUAAGGCGGAGUUCACCGAGAGCUUAACUGCUCCCACUGGUUUCAAGGGUUUUGGCUUGAAGCCUGACGCCGUAUCUCUUCGCGUGCCGCUGGCAUUUGAGGGCAAAACUUACGAGCUUCGACAGGGGUCGGUAGUGAUUGCGGCGAUCACAAGCUGCACGAACACGUCCAACCCGUCGGUUAUGAUCGGUGCUGGCCUGUUAGCUCGAAGAGCAGUCGAGCUGGGACUUAGCGUUGCUCCGUAUAUAAAAACCUCCCUCUCACCUGGGAGCCACGUGGUUCAGCGCUACCUUGAAGCCGCGGGCCUUCUACCGGCCCUGGAGGAGCUGGGCUUUUACCUAGCAGGAUUCGGCUGCAUGACAUGUAUUGGUAACAGUGGAGACCUUCCAGAGCUAUUCAGUCGAACCCAGAUCUGGUUGUUGCGGCGGUUCUUUCUGGCAACAGGAAUUUUGAGGGUCGCGUGCACCCUCUCACUCGUGCGAACUACCUUGCUUCUCCGCCACUCUGUGUCGCCUUUGCUAUUGCCGGAAGUAUUUUUGCGAGACAUUUGGCCCAGCGCAGCCAGCGUGAACGAGCUCGUGGAAACUGCAAUACUUCCUUCUUUUUUCAACGAAGCCUACAAGAAUAUCCAACUGGGGAAUGAACAGUGGAAAGCUCUCAAGUCACCUACGGGCACAUUGCUUCAGUGGCCAGCCAAUUCUACAUACAUACAUAAGCCUCCGUUUUUUGCGAACCUCACGAGGGAACCGAUGCCAGUGCAAUCUAUUACACGGGCCAGGUGCCUUCUUUUGCUGGGAGACAGCAUCACAACAGAUCACAUUUCGCCUGCUGGGAGAAUCGAGAAAAACUCUCCAGCUGGUCGUUACCUAUUGGCCCACGGUGUCAUGCAACGAGAUUUCAACUCUUACGGGAGCCGUCGCGGUAACGAUGAAGUCAUGACUCGAGGGACUUUCGCGAACAUCCGCCUGGUUAACAAACUUGCUUCCGUUGCUGGUCCUAUUACCAAACACAUCCCUUCUGGACAAGAAAUGCCUGUAUAUGACGCUGCAGAACUAUACAAAGAAACACAUACUCCGCUCAUUAUCGUCGCAGGAAGGGAAUAUGGUAGUGGAAGCAGCAGAGAUUGGGCAGCGAAGGGCGUGGCUCUGCUGGGCGUGAAAGCAGUUAUCGCGGAGAGCUAUGAGCGAAUUCAUAGGUCGAAUCUAGUUGGAAUGGGGGUACUUCCGCUGCAGUUUGCUCAGGGAGAGUCUGCUGCCUCUCUUAAAAUUACAGGAACAGAAGAAUUUUCUAUUGACUUGACACAUCUAGAGGUGAAAUCAAUGGUUACAGUGCAACUAGAUGAUGGUCGGCAGUUCACAGCUAAAUGCCGCCUGGAAACCAAAGUAGAGUUGGAGUACUUCAGAAACGGAGGCAUUCUGCAGUAUGUCUUGAGAAAAGCGGCUUCUGAAUCUGCCGCUUAG